GGGGUCGUAGGUCGAGUAGCAGCGGAAGAGCGGGAAAAACAGCAUUGUAGCUUGUUGGCAUGACAGACGAGCAGCGAGGAGUCGAAGAAGCGAGUUUUGGCAUCUCGCGGAGAGAGAGAGUGAGGUUGAGGAGUAUGAGAGGGAUAGUGGCAUGAAGACCGGGAGGUACGGAGCCUGUUGGCGGUGAAGAGGUAGGGGUCUGCAUUGUACUGUGGUCGGAGAAGAGAAAAAUUUGCGGAAGAGCUGAGAGAAGAACUGAGGUACUGUCAGUCAGCGACGGGUGCUGGACAUUGUUGAAUUCCUGCGAGAGGAUUUCGGAGACAGAUUUUGUCAACAUCUGUUUGAACUGCAAGGGAGCUGGAACGAGCGGGAGACCAAUUUCCUGCUUCAAGGAGAGGGAGCGGGGCAGAGCAGCGAAUUUGCUGAGGAGAGGACGGGGUGGGGGUCGCAGGGAAAUUAGAGGCGAGGAAGUAGAAGAUCAGCGGUCCAUUGGAGAAUUGCAGAGGCAAUUUGCUUUCAGGGGCGUGUCUCCUGUUCAUUCCUUUCGGGAUUCUUUGAGUAGGGAGUUGGAUGUCUGCGGUGCUGGAGAUUCAAGCUGAGCUUGGGAUGAGUCUUGACGACUUAACGGCGCGCUGGUCCUCGCGCCGCGUUCAGAGCGGCAUUGUUGGCAAGAGAGCUCAUCGCCGAAGUAUCCCCUACGAGGUGUUUCCUCGAGAAAAGAGCGGGUUGGCUCAUCUCUCAUCCAGGUGAUUGUUCCAAGUAUCGAGCUGUCUCACAUGACUGGGGAGACUUGAUUACUGCAGGGAAGCGUCUAGGAAGGGAGAGAAGGUGAAGCAUUUCUUUUGAAGGAAGGGUGGUUGGGAAUUAUUUCAUAUCUCAUGGGAAGGCGCAUCUCAAAGUAAGUGUAAACAUGGUCAGAGAUGAUCUCAGAUCGCGAGCUGCGAAUGGUCACAUGGGCUCCUCUCGACAGAACACAAGUACCCAGAAUGGAUCACAACGACAGCCUGCUCACAAUCGUGCAGAGCCUGGUUCCAGUCAUCAAGGUUCAUACCGGAAUAACGAGGAGGACUUUGCCCAAACUCAAGCUAUUCUGUCUGAUGAGGAAACAAACAAGUUAGUGGCAGAGGUAAUGAGACACAUGCUCUUCAAGAAUUAUCAACAACCAGGAGUUCCCGUUAGUAGGGUUGAACUUACGGGAAUUAUUACUAAAACAUACAAACAGCGGUACUUGUCGUCUCAUGUCAUCAGCAUGGCGCAAAAGAAACUGCUCGAAAUCUUUGGCCUGGAGAUGAAGGAGUACAAUCGAUUAAGGUCUCUGACCAAAACUGGACGUGGCAUCAAUAAUGAGAAGCAAGUGGAAACGAAGGAGUAUGUGCUCAGGAGUGUCAUUCCAGCUGAUCUUAGGAAACAGUACAUUGACACACGAGAGUCAGCAGCGACGUACGGCUUGGCCACAAUAGUCAUUGGCAUUAUCAAAUCUUUCGGAGAAACAUGCCCUGAAGAAGUUCUGUGGCAGAACUUGAGACGACUCGACAUCAAAGAAGAUGAUUUGCAUCAUCCAACUUUUGGCAAUGUAAAACACGCCGUAGAGUUGCUUGCCAAACAAAGGUAUAUUCAAAAGGAGAAGCUGAUCAAUAGUGAAGGAGAUGGAUUUGUUUACGAGUUGGCAGAGAGAGCACUCGACGAGACAUGUCUGGCCCGCUUGGACGCUUUCAUGUACUCGAUAGUUCAGAGAAAUCCUGAAGCGUUGCUGGCGGGACAAGGAGAAUGAUUACAGUUAAUUAUUUUCUCUGAAAGGAAAAUAUCUUAUUAUCAAGCCCAGAGAGAAGAAAGCUGAUAUUUGACAUAUCACCUGAGUAUCAUGUAAUUAUAUAUAUCUAUGAAUGUUUAUUUCAAAAGUGUGUCGGCAUUUUUGUUGUUGCUUGAGAAAGAGUUUAUGAGAACAAAAUAUUGGAAUAUAUAUAUAGUAAAGUUUAUUUCAAAAGUGUGUCGGCAUUUUUGUUGUUGCAUGAGAAAGAGUUUAUGAG